UCGCUCGCGUCUUUGCUUCAUUAGAGAUCAUGUCAGAAAGGGAGGAUGAUGAAGGGGCUUUAUGUGUUUCUUGUGGGCAGAAAGGUGAAAUGAUCGCUGGACUGAGGUGAACACAGAGCUGGAGAUGAUGAAGAUUGACUGAAUGAACGCACUAUCGGGCUCAGAACCUUCCAGAAGUCCAGAUGGAGCAAGAUGUCGAGAGCACCGUCACGGUCAGAAAACCCAAACUGCCCAAGCAGGCACGAGAAGAUAUCCCCAAAGUGCUGCAGGAGAGAGAGCGCAGCAAGCAGAAGAUCCAGCGUUACGUUCGGAAAGACGGCAAGUGCAACGUUCACCACGGCAACGUGCGCGAGACCUAUCGCUACCUGACGGACAUCUUUACCACGCUGGUGGACCUCAAGUGGAGGUUCAACCUCUUCAUCUUCGUGCUGGUUUACACCGUCACAUGGCUCUUCUUCGGCUUUAUGUGGUGGUUGAUCGCAUAUAUACGAGGAGAUCUGGACCAUAUAGGAGACAACCAAUGGACUCCUUGCGUCAACAACCUCAACGGGUUCGUGUCCGCGUUCUUGUUCUCUAUAGAGACGGAGACAACCAUCGGGUACGGCCACAGGGUGAUCACCGACAAGUGUCCGGAGGGGAUCGUCUUGCUGUUGGUCCAGUCCGUGCUGGGUUCGAUAGUCAACGCCUUCAUGGUCGGCUGUAUGUUUGUGAAGAUCUCGCAGCCAAAGAAGCGCGCCGAGACUCUGGUGUUCUCCACCAACGCCGUCAUUUCCAUGCGGGACGGCCGGCUGUGUCUGAUGUUUCGUGUCGGGGAUCUGCGCAACUCGCACAUCGUAGAGGCGUCGAUCAGGGCCAAGCUGAUCAAGUCCAAACAGACCAAGGAGGGAGAAUUUAUUCCUCUUAAUCAAACGGACAUAAACGUGGGCUACGACACCGGAGAUGACCGGCUCUUCCUGGUAUCUCCGCUCAUCAUUUGCCAUGAGAUUAAUCAACAGAGUCCCUUCUGGGAGAUCUCCAAACAGCAUCUUGCCAAGGAGGAGCUGGAGAUAGUGGUGAUUCUGGAAGGCAUGGUAGAAGCCACAGGAAUGACGUGUCAAGCACGCAGCUCAUACGUUGCCAGCGAGAUAAAGUGGGGAUACCGCUUCACCCCUGUCCUGACCCUGGAAGAUGGUUUUUACGAAGUGGACUACAACAGCUUUCACGAUAUCUAUGAAACCAACACACCCAGCUGUAGCGCUCGAGAGCUGGCCGAAAUGACGGCGCGCUCGCGUCUGCCACUGACCUGGUCGGUGGCCAGCAAACUGAGUCAACAGGGGGCGCUGGACUCGCGUGAUAUUGCUCCGGAGAAGAGCCGCGAAACAGACGAGAUGACGGAGAGAAACGGAGACAUCGCCAAUAUCGAGAACGAGUCAAAAGUGUAGGACGAAACAAGGAUCCCGCCCUCUCCUCUGUAUCGGCUGAGGUCAGAGGUCAGCUCAGGAAAGCGCCCAGAGUCGGGCGGAGGACACGAACAUCCUUUCACUGCACGUGCGCUUCUCUCUCAGCCCAAAGAGUGCGGCGUGUUGACGGAUGAACUGCAUGGUUUUCAAAAUGAUUUUUGUAAAGAUAAGAAAUGAUAUUUUCACAUUUGUAAUUCAAAGAUUAAAACCUAUAUAUGAAUAAUAUAUAUAUAUAUAUACACACACACACACACACAUACACACAAGUAUAUAUAUAUAUAUAUUCUAGGGCAUUUGCAUUUGUAUUUUUUUGUAUGUAUAUAUAUACAUAUAUAUAUGUGUUUGGUUUGCGAUGUGUGACAAUUUGACCAGAGGUUGUUUGAUAAAUCUGACUCAACUGUACGUCUGUAUAUUCUGCCUUCUGAAAUAGAAACUCUUUGGGUUUACAGACCUAUUUAACCACGCAUGGACAAAACAAUCCCGUUAGGUGAUUUUCUCUGAUGUACAUAAUUUAAAGUACUGUAGGUCAUAACAGUUAUGGCACAGCAGGUCUUUAUAUUGGAUGCAAAUCUGAACUGUAUGAGCACUGAAGAGGUAAAUGUGGCAUAACUGGGCAGCGGUGUGUGCGCAGACAGCAGACGACUCAGGACCAGAUCCGCACCGGAUCCAAACUUCAGCCGUCUUUCCACCGUACACGACGUUCGGACACAACUGUCAGAAUUUUAAGUUGUAAAUCUGUGCCAACAUUGGAUAAAAGCUCAUUCCAGCGCAAAAACCUUCAAUAUACGAACAUUCACUGUAGUGAAAUAAACAAAGUGAAUGAAACAAUAAACAGCUAUGCAUAUAUGCCAAAGACUGACAAUAUUUUUUGGAGAGAACAUAUGGAGACAAGAUUGGCUUUUUUUAAUGCGCACUUUUUAAAUGAGGUCUGCGGUGUAGUCGCAUAACUUCAAAUUUUUUAAAGUAUCAAACAGAUCUGAAAAUGACGUAUCUGCAGGUCGACACCUCACAAAGCCCAUUUUUGACUCUCCAUAGGGAAUGAAUGACUUGGGGUUUAUUGCCCUCAAGUGCAGUUGAAAGGCCACUUUCGGCCCAGAUCCGGUGCGGAUCCGGCCCGGAGUCGUCUGCUGCGUGCGUGUCUGUGCGUGUGUAGCUGUGCAUGUCUGCUCAAAAUAACCUUCCGUCCUAAAAGCAGGACUUUUAUUUCAUGUUUACCUCCUGUUCUUCAUCAUCAUAAUAAUUUGGUUAUUUGCCAUUUUAACGCAAAGGAUCAAUUCACCUCCAUUACAAUUCGGUCAUCAUUAGUCGCCCUCAGUGUAUUUGAACUCUCCUGGAGUUUAUAAUAGUGACCCGUGUCUGUCGAAUAAACUCUCAAUAAUGUUUUCUUAUCUGAGAUAAACUGAAAUGAACCUUUAAUAUUCUGCAGUAGAUUUCCAGUGUGAUGUUCAACCAUUAAUGUGGCAUUUUUGAAUCCUAAUGAGAAUUACAUUUGGAAUCUGACAACACUUGGGCACUAUUUCGUAAAAAAUGUUGCUGUAGUUAUAAAGUUGUUUGCCAGUAACUCACUGUAGAUUUAAAUGUUAUUUACUGGCAAGAGUUUGUUCAAAGUUACAUUAAACAUUACCAAGUCUUUAUCUUUACAGAACAAAACUAUACAACUAACAGCCUCAUGCAAAGCAUUCUGGGAAACAGAAAUCCUCAUCAACCUUUUUCUAUUUUUUCUUCAGAUUUUGUUUCCCAGAAUGCUUUGCAUGAGGCUGUAUAGUUUUGCCAGUAAAUAACAUAAAUGUAAAUCUACAGUAAGUUACUGGUUAACAGCUGCUAGUAAUAUUGUCAUUUCUGCAGACAUUUUUUAAGAGAACUCUUUAAAUAGAAAGAAUCUUGACUGGUUUCUCAUCACAGACGCUCAGUUUGUUUUUUCUCCAUUUUGUCAGACAGAAGCAGCUGAUUUAAGUCUGACGAGUCCCUCACACCCAAAACCAAAGAGCCGAACCUUCACAUCUCAAGUUAAAGCGUGACGUCAUUCCUGCAUCCACAAUUACAUGAAGUUCUUUUAAUGUUUGUUCAAUAACCAAUAACAUUUGAUAAGAUCAUAAUAAAAUCCCACUGAGAGAGCUUACAAAACAUCAACUCUUUUGGGCGGUUUCCCGGACAGGGAUUAGACUAGUUCUAGACUAAAAGAAAUGUAGAGCCGCCCAAACUGAAAACAACUUUUACUGACAUAUCUUAAAAUAAAUCAGUGCUCUUUGUUUUGCACACACGUGAUGUUUUUAGUAAGGCAUGUUUGUUAAAACUAGUUCUAUUUUCUAAUUAAACUAAGGCCUAGUCCUGGCUUAAGCUAAUCUCUGUUCGGUAAACCACCCCUUUAUGAUAAAUCUCCCAUUAAGCCUUGAUAAUAAAGUAUCAAAUGUGUCUAUGCUGUCUAUUAAGUGCCCUUUAAACUCCCUGCUGAUCGCAAGCCAUUCAAAUGUUGUCCGAAUUUUGUUCAAUUUAUUUACUUGGGAAAUAAUAAAUCAGGAAGAUUAACAUUU